GUCCAGACGCGCCUCGUCUUUCUCAGGAAAGGUACGCGACUACUGAUAAGUCAACACGCUUAGGAACUUGGAACAAGCAGACUGGAAAUUGCCUACAUUUUUGCUAACGUUGCUUGCCCGCCAGAUGAUGGCUACCCUGGAAUGCCAGGUGGUCGUUAUCUGUCCGUCUCUCUUGCGACUGCUGCACGGCUCAGGGAAUUCACUGUUUGGAAUGGAGGAAAAAACAAGUGGGCCAAAUCACCAAGACGCGUUGCCGUAAAGUUAUAACGAGUCGCUCAUCACAGAUUGCGCCAUCAUGUUCGUUGCCUCACCACCACGCUCCUUACACCACAUUCGUUUUACUCGCCCUUAAGGUCAUGCGCCGAUUCUCGCCACCUGAAUCUCCUGUGGUUUCACCAACAACGGGUUCAUGCCCCAACAUCAUGCCCAUGAUGGCCAACAAGAACAUGAAGCCCGCCGCCAUGAAGUCGAUGAUGGCUACCCCCGUCACCUACAUCCCACCACUUUGCGAUGGCGCCUGCGGUACCACCCCUCGAUCUCAGCAGCCAAUGUGGUCAAUGAUGUGGCAGGAAAUAAUGCAGAUGAUGCGAAUGAUGCCCAACAUGUGCUGGGCCAUGCUCACCCAGCGCAAGCAUAUGUCCUGGGCCGACAUGGGAGACAUGAUGAUACACACCAUGCUCACGUGCAUGGAGAUGUGCAUGAUGGUUAUGGCUGUCCCGCUCUGGAUGAUGAUGCCUGGUGCCAUGUUCGCCAUAUGGAUGUGCACCUGUGCCUUGAUGGUCAUGGGCAUGUGCUGGAUGCUCAACGGCAAAGAGCAGAUGCACAUGUGCGCCAUGGAGUCUGAUGGCUGGAUGAUGGGCCCGGAGAUGGACAAUGAAAAGUGGAUGUUCAUGGGCGGGAUGGGUAUGAGCUCUCGCCACUGCCACCAACAAGCCCUUCCUAUGCUCUCUCGCAUGUUUAACCGUCCCAUGAUGUGCAUCUGCAUGCCCACCUGGGGUAUGCCCUUCGACAUGAUGUUCAUGAUGCUCCAGCGUUGCAUGGUGAUGCCCAGCCAAGUCCGCAGAAACCUCUACGCCCAGAUGCGCACUGCUCUCCUCGACGACUCUAUACACCGCUGCGUCGUCCUUUGCCACAACGAUAGUGCCGUCCUCGUCUCCCAGGCCAUGGCUCAGCUCUGCUCCGACCUGCCCGCUGAGAAGAUGUGCAAGCUCGAGAUCUACUCCUUCGGUGCCGCUGCCUGCGAGUUCAUGAUGCCCCGUGGUGAAUCCACCAUGGAUAGCGAGCCUGCCCACCACCAGUCAAUGGACAUGAUGAUGAAUGACCGCAAGGGAGUUCACAUGGAGCACUUCGCCAUGACGACUGAUCCUUUCGCUCAAAUGGGUGUUCUUGAGAGCGUGCGCCAAAACAUGAGCGGUCGUUUCUGCGGCGGCGUCUUCAUCAUGGACAACAAGAAGGCUAUGUCUAUGGGCAAGAUGAGCCAAGACGCCAUGAACAUGCAGAUGAUGUGCUCCGGCCUGAUGAUGGAGGACUACAUGAUGAUGAUGUUCUCUGCCCAAAUGUCGAUGGGUGCUUCCUCGGGCACUCCUAGCUCCAUGGACAGCAACAUGAUGAUCGAUCGCGACUGCGCCGAGAAACGGGAGAUUGCUGCCAUGUCCAACUACUAUGCCGCCUCUCAGACCAAGAAGGGUAGCAAGCGUUUGAGCUGGACUGGCCUUGCUGCCACCGCUGGUCAGAAGAACGGUGUCAGCGCCGGCAUGAUCGGUCUUGAGCAGGCUCGCAAAGGAUGCAAGGGUUGCAAUGGCCACAAGGCUCGUGAGGUCAGCUGGCUGUCACGCUAUGUGUCCAUGGGCCAUAUGAUGGACAAGAACAUGUCGGAGGGCAACAUGGCUCGCUCUCCAUGA